UGGACUAUUGUAGUUUGUUGACUAUUGUUCAGCUUCACACUUUCUCUUUAACACCAAUUUAUGAAAACCAUGAAAUCCAUUUUUGACGGAAAAUAAAUACAUAAAUAGUGUUAAUGAAGGGUGACACUUGAGAGGCAGUGCUUCCCUCAAGUUCCAAUGAUGCGUUUGUCAUGGAUUAUGAGUCAGUCAAGUUUCCUCUCCCCUGAGGUAAAAGAUCUACUGCAGAAGGCAACACCUGCCAGCAGUGGCCAGGUGGCAGAUUCAAACUCUAUUUCAUGGAUCCGUCGUGACUGUGGGAUAGUUUGGCAAAAAGUCGAGGAACUGUUUACAGACAUAAAAGAAGAAAAUGGGAGUAAAAUCUGGUUCUGUGAGGCUGUUGUCAAGAUGGCUUCACUUUUUGGUCACUGCCAUAACUCAUUAAAGAAUCUCACACAAGAUGAAUAUAGUGUCAAUAUUUCCCCAUUCUUGGAGUGGACAAAUCAGGAAGAUGACAUUAAUGUUUGCCUGAAACAGAUAUAUGAAGGUAGCUGUAACAGUGGCCAUCUUGUGGCCCUCCUGACCAUCACAGCUGUGACUGAGAGAGCUUUAGGAAAUCUUGUUCUGACGAAACGUGAACAAGUUCCAUUUUUACUCCGAGACCUUCUUGUUACAGAAGAAUUACAGGAGAUCUUGGGGCCAACAAGGGUCCAGGUACUGAGAGUGUUGCUUGGUUCAGUGUUGGGCAUCAACCUGCGUAACAUUGCCUGGCAUGGCUUCCUCAGUCCUUGUGAAGCAAACCCAGCAUUUGUUGCCACCAUCAUCAUUAUCCUUGCAGACUGUGGUAGACUCCUCAGAGACUACCAAGUUGUAAAUGUUCCUUGUAGACCAGUGAUGUCAUUCACAGAGGCAGUUAGUUUGAGCAGUGUAUUUGAAGAGGUUGCUAUCCCUCCCAGACCAGUGAUGGAGGAGUUGAUAACUAAGUCUCCCCUUGUGCCAGCCAUCAUGACUCCUGCCUGGAUGAAGGCACUUGACCUGUUAACUGCUAAAAAAUGGGGAUUAUGUGUGGUGUUACUGCUGCCCAUGCUGGAGUGUUCUCUGAGAUGCCUGUUUGCAUAUGCUAAUGAAGUGUCGGACAGAGUCUUAACUGCUGAAAAUUCUACUUUAUAUACUACAUUGGAUGAAAUUCUACAACCUACUGUAUGUAAAGUGAUCCAUAAUCAAAGUGUGGAGCAGCACAACCAAUACUCAUCACAUAGAAACAGUGGCAGUAACAUUGAUACUUCAGCUGAGCAGCAUGAUAAGCCGCCGCUCACAGUUGGUAUGGUAGAGAUAUUAAAUAGUAAUCUUGUAUUGCAUUUUGUUGGGAAGAAACUUAAUGAAGCACUGCACGACCUCUUAAAUUUUGUUCAAGGCCCUCGUGUGCGCGACCGAGUGAGCCACGGGGAAGUUAAAUUUGACCAGAUACCUCAGAGUGUAGCUCACCACACAUUGUACCUCAGUCUGCUUGUGCUCUCCCUCGGAAAUUGGAGAUCAAGAUGUAAAAGAACUUUAAUUUGUAAAACUCUAAGUUGUAUUAGUACUAAGAAUAUUGAUUCUUCAGAACCUGGAGAGGACAAAAUGUGUUGUGAUAUGAAACAGAAGAAUAAUGAGAAAGAAGCAGGUACAGGUAAUUGUGAAAUGAAUGUGUGUGUUUGUGGUAUAAAUCUUGACUCCAUUGCUGUAAGUGAGGCAUCAGAGAACCUAAUCAAUCUAGUUAAAGUUCUAAGUGGAUGCAUUGAAAAGUAUAAGAGUUUUUACCACCCAACAGCUAUAUUUCACAAGAAACUGCUGUCCUCUGUAACCCAACUUAGUGAGUGGAGGACAUGGGAGAGGGCAGACUGUAGUGAGUUAGAUUAUGAUGACUGGGAAAGCCAGAUAAGUGUGAGUUUAGAACUACCACAGAUGAUAACCUUUCCUCCUUUUAAUAUUACCCACAAGGUCGUAAGUCUUGAUAAUGUACAAGAAUUUAUCUCACAGAUUUGUAGUAUUAAUUAUGAAGUCCUGUACAGACCAAAGCCAGAGAUUGAAGUGGUAUCUAUGCUUCACAGAAUUAUUUUAAAUGUUCAGUCAGCACUUGAUAAUAUUUGUGAAAAUUUAGCAAUAAAAUAUUCCCAUUAUGUACAAAAACAGCUUCGGUCGAGGCAAAGAGAAACAUAUCGAAGACAGUUAAAUGCUAUCCCAACUGUAAUAAUGAACUGUUAUCUUACAGUUCAAUUUAUUCACUUGCUUUUCCUCUCUGUUAACAGAAUUGAUCAGUUGAGUAAGUCUUGUGUCCAUAACUUACUCAAGGUGCUCAAGGCAGUGCUCAAAGUUCAGGAGAAUGUUGUGUCACAAACAAAUGUUAAUGCUAAUCGUUGGGAUGAAGCCAUGUGUAUCUCUCUUCAAAACAUGAAGGUGAUCAGACAGAAAUAUUCAGUUUAAACAUUCUUUUGUUGAAUACCAUAAUUACUAUACUGUAUACAUUGUAUUUGUGUGUUUACAGGUAACAACUAAGAAACAUAAAAGGUGGUCUGAUCACUUUUUGUGAUUAUUCACAUCUUCCUAGAUUACUGUGCAGAAAUACCUUGCUAUUUGCAACCCCGCUGAUCCGCAAUUUAUAUUUUAAUACCCUAUUCGAUAUUCGCAAAGCACACCCUGCUUACUCCCCAAUUUCAUCAUCUCUGUUCAUUGUAUAUUUUCAGCCUUCAGGCUGCCAUGUUUUCUUAAUAAACCGUUAAUUAUUA